AUGGCCCUAGAUGAUGAUGCCUCGUGCUCUUCGGGAGUGAUGUUGCUGGAGGUGGACGAGUGUCCCUCGGUCGGGGCCGAUAUCAUCUUCAAGAAUAUCACGGGGAUCCUGGGGGCGAUGGUCGGCGUCGCUCUACUUCUCAACGUAUUCAACCGGGUGUCGAAUAGGCGGCGAAGCAGAAAACUCAAGAAAUCCAUUUUCACCCUCCCCGUCUACGUUUACAACUCGUCCACGCGAGAACGAGCAAAGGCCGCCAGGACAGCGCGACCGCAGUUGCAAGCGCCCUUGGACUCAUCGCAAGGCAUCGAGGAUGUCGGAUCAGCACGUUCAUCUUCUUCGUCACCAUCAGCGCCUGUGGCACCAUCAUCAACCCGAUCACGAUCGUCCUCGGAAGACAGUGACAGCGCUUCCCCCAUCACUUGCGCCAUCUGUCUCGCCGCGUACCAAGAAGAAGAAGUGAUCAAGGUUCUUCCUUGCGGCCACGACUUCCACUCCGACUGCCUUGACCCUUGGCUGGAGGUCAAGGCCGAGUGCCCACUCUGCAAGGCACCUGCCUUCACCAAAUCGCGAGAUCGAGAUGAGGUGGCGCAUGGCCGCGCGGUGCACGCAAUCAACUCCUCCGCCAUUGCCCAAGCACCGCCACUGUUCAGAUCGCGAUCACCCGAUGAAUCGCGAGGCUCCCAGUUAGAUGGAAGACCGAGAACGGAAGGAGGGGUCGACGGGGGAAUGCCUCCUGUGAAACCGUCGUCACCGCUACCGCCAGAGUCUAGCGCACGUUCCACGCAAGUGGGAGCGAAUCAAGAAGAAAGAUCGUUGCCGAUUGAAAGGGCAGGCGAGAGCGAGAGAACACCGUUACAGGCGAGGGUCUUGGAGGGGAUACAGCAAACUGGAGAGGUGGUCCCGGUACGGCCUGACUGGGAUGCUCGGGGAGAAUCGAAAAUGGCGGACUUCACUGCAGAUGGUCAACCUCUGGCUGCGGGGCACAACAUUGCUCCUGACACGGCCGCUGCUGGCAUCGGUGCUCCUAUUGCGUCCGCGGUCUUGGGUUCAAGGCCGCUUGAUGUCGGAGAGGCGGCCGUCACAGCACGCGCUGGUAGCAAGGCUGCAGACAGCUGCGCGAACCGGCAAGGGAACGAAUUGGGAAUAUCUUCGUCAGAAUCUAAUAUUCCUCCAAGUUCCGAACGCGGUGUCAAAACUACGGGAGUAGCACAGCCUCGUGCAGCGCCUGGGUUUGGUCGCGAGGAAGUCUCUCUGGACGAGCUUGAGACGGGACAAGUGGGAACAGGGAAGGGCAGAGGUAUCGCAGACGUCGCUACCGAUGGGUUCAGCGCACCGAUGGGUUCAGCGCCGUGGUUGCAGAAGAUGGGUGUGAUGUAAGUGUAGAUAAGGCAGUUUUGUGACCCAACACCUGCUGCCGAUGAUAUCGAGCACUGUGAAAGUAACGCGAAAAAUACCUCAAGUGUAUCUGUGCUGCCUACCGUGUAGCACGACGGGUUUUGCCUCGACAACGCCACAGGUACAGCCAUCGAUGAUAAGGUUUAGUGAGGUUAGGUUCGCGUUGUGCUACUAAAUAGUUUUACCGAAGGCAGUCGCUUGCAAAAUUGUGUAUCGCAUCAUUGCAACAGCAGGUUGGGUUCAGCUGGUGUCGAUGGUGCUUUGUUUUAUUGUCCCUACAUAGUUGCUCCCACAGAGGCGCUUGUGUUCACUUGUUCGUAGUGCCGGGCGGGAGGGCGAGUUGGUGGGGUGCUUGGUCUUGCAGGGAUAUUACGAUGUUGUGUGACAAUCGGCGGCACCCAUCGUGCCUCGAACGUUGUGGCACGGGAUGCUUUGCAGUCGAACACACCAUCAUGGCACUCAUUGCGUCGGUCCUGUUGUUGUACAUCCGUGAUGUUGAGACUUGUAGCAUUCAAUCAACGCCGUCCGCGAUGUAGCGGCAAGGUUAAGGUUGUGAGGUGGAGCGUGCACGAUGAGGGCGCGUCCGUUUGUAUUGGUCAUACACGCGAUGUAGCGGCAAGGUUGUGAGCUGGAGCUUUUGCACGAUUAGCGUGCGUCGUUUGUUUUGGUUGGAAAGCUCGUUGUGAAUCGAAGAUGUGCAAUGGUUUCGUGCAACAACGCGGGGGGCGUAAAUGUACUUAGAAAUAGCGGAGACUGCGCCGCCACUUAAGAACCUCUAUUUUUGCCGGAGGCUUGUUUCUUUGUUUUUGGGUUAACCCAGCAGGCGACCGCAUGAAAUAUAUCGUGGGGUAACCCAGCAGGCGACCGCAUAAAAUAUAUCGUAGCCUUAACUGUUCUUAUAAUAGUCAAUUGCUGCAUUAUUUUUAUAUGCCUGAAGUUCUGAACUCCAAGCUUCUCACGUGGUGGCGCUCCCUGUAAAUAGUGUAUGCUGUUUAUUUUAUAUUUGUCGAGCCCUUUUCGUUGGAUAUAGCAUGGUUCCGGAAUACGCUGCUUUUCCGACGUCUGGCCUAGACCGCGGUGUGGAACCGCCUGUUUCCUUUUUUUUCGUGGUGUUCUCUAGGGGGUUGCGAUACCGUGCCUGCGUGUUGCCGCUGCACACGGGCGUAGAGCCAUAUUGCCCUUUCCCAGGUCUGCCUUCCGAGCGCGUCUGUCAGCAUUUUGGGUCAAAUAAUGUGAGGCGUAGAUAGAUGUAAGUGGCGAGCAUGAAAGAGACUGACUGCUCUCUCUCGAACCUUUUUUGUUUUCACAACAAGAUGGAGGCACCCUCAGGAGAGGGCGGCUGGCUGUAGUGCGCAGCACGGGGACGAUGUGAUACCCCUUUCACCUCUCGCAUUCUUAUUGCAUUCUUCGUCGUGACAGGUGAUGAGGAAGAGAGACUGCUAUGCGCCCUCCCUGGGUGCGGAUCCUUCCUCCCGUGUUUGAUGUGUGUAGGUCAAGGUGUGUUUUCACUGCGGUGGUGUCUGUUUCACGAUUUUCCCGCCCUGGGUUCCCAAAUCUUUCGUGGGUGCAUGGAGAUGAAUAAAUUCGACUCCACCUUCGGUGAGGGGAAAAGACGGCUGAACUGUCCUCGCCGUACGAAACAAAGACCAACACCGCCGCAGACGAAAUUCGGAGAAAAUAAUACUGAGCGGGUUUGCU